AUGCCAAAAUCAACAAUCACCGGUAAAUCUCAACUAAUCCAAAGAAUCUCCAAAAAAACUAAAUUCCCGCAAACUCAAAUCACUCAAAUAAUCGAUGAACUCUUACUCGAAACCAAAAAAGCCUUAGUCAAAGGUGAAGAAGUCCGCUUACAAGGUUACUUCUCCUUAAAAACUGCCAUUACUAAACCAAGAAUGGCCAUGAACUUACAAACUAAAAAGAAAAUGAAAGUUCCGGCUAAAAGAGUACCCAAGUGUAAAUUCUCAAUUAGUUUAAAAGAAGAGAUUAAUAAAGAGAGUUUAGAGUUAAAAAGUAAAAAAACACCAAAAACAACUAAUAUUAUGGCAACUAGAACUAUUAAAUUAAAACAAUUAAAUUUAAAUCCUUUAAGUGUGGCUAAGUAUUUUUAUGAAAAGUUAGGAGCAAGAGGAAUAGAACAACCUUUUAUCCAUCCCGUUCUUUAUCUUGCUUACCGCGAAAUACUAAAAAAAGAAAAUAUUAGUCUUUUUAAGGAAGAAUUUGAAGCUUGA